AUGCUUCAUUCUCUAUCCAAGAGUUUAUUUCUGGUAUUUGGAAUUUGGAGCCGAAAAGCGGAUGAUUAUUUUCGAAAGGCCUCUGAUAGAAUCUAUUGCGAGGCUUACUGUUUUCAUGUUUUGAAUUCGGAUUGGACUUGUCCUUGCUUGCGAAGUCAAUUUUAUGUUCAAAUAUGUGUGGACUCAUCUUUAGUCUCAUAUCAUAAUUCCUCUGAUAGAAAAUAUGAUAAAAAUGGUUUCAUGCAUCGAAAAUUUAAUUAUAAUGAUCUUCCUGUCUCACCAACAUUCACCACUCGCUUGCACUUUGAUUAA